AUGAAUGAGCUUACGCGGAUAUCGAGUACAUCUUCCUACCGCUUCACUGUUAACUGGCGCGCGAUGUUCUCUUGCUUCGGAUUUGGCCGGUCGCGCGAAGACCGCGAGCGAGAGCCGCUGUUGCCACGCUACAAUGAUGACACUGCCUUACAGCAAAGGCUGCACGAGAAGCUACACACGUAUCAGAUGCUGAGGGCGCUUGGAAAGGGUUAUAUGCCAUCAAACGAACAGCUCAUCGUCAAUCUGAGAACGCUCCUAUCUGCCGACAUACUCAACCCUGACACGCCGGACCUGAGUGACUCGGGGCGAGCUCUUGUCCUGAACGUCAAACUACUGAUUAAGCAGCUGAUUGAUUUGCUGCUGCACAAGAACGAUCAAGAUCAAAUCCAGGAUUUUAUCUGGUAUUUGAGCAAAGCACGUCUCUCCAUAGAUGCUUAUGACAUCGGUGCGCGCGCUCAAAAAGCCAAGACCAGAGCUGAUACCGUCGCUGCAUAUAAAUCCCUACAGACGGUUGGCUCCUUGAUACUAACCAACUCGGAUUUCCGCCUUUUAAUUUCGGAUUUGGGUACCAUUGGUCGAGAAGUCUUCCGCGACACCGCCUUUACCUUGUCCGACGUUUCUAAGCAGGCCGCCAAGAAGAUUGAGCCGUCCAAGGAUGAAGAAGAAGCUGUCCGACAUCCGAACGGGGACUCGAAGCCUCCCCCCUCCAAAGACGAUAUUCAAGAUGAAGUCGUUGAGGUUUCCCAGGUUGUCACAGACGGCGUCGCCCGUGUUGCUAAUGAAGCCGGUCAGAGCUUGACUGAGCACAUUACCGGCGAAGAGCAAGAAACUUUAAUCCAGCGCCUGAGAAAUACAAUUCUUAAUUUGCGCAAGAGAAAGGAUUAUUCUGACUCAGUUUCCACGUUAUCCCUGCUCAUCAGGCGGUAUAUGUUGGUCUACUCGCACGCCGUUUCUGAUACUAUCCAGGUCGCCAGGGAGGACAUCGACACCAACCCGGAGGCUGAUCGAGCACUCAAAAACUUCUGGCUAUUCUUGACCUCGCUUGGCGAUCGAAAACACUGGGAUGAAGUCGAGCGUAUGUUCAAGGUUGUUAUGGAGCAUGGUCGCAGCGACCCGGAGUUCGACGAGCUCAUCAAGCAAAUUGGCAACUUGCUCCAAGACAUGUUGACGGACCCGGACUUCUUCGAACAUGCUGAAGACCGCUUCAAAGAAUUAAGGCAAAAGUCAAAAGAGCUUACAUCCGAGUCAUCAGUCCGUGACGAUCUCGACCAAUUGCUGGACAAGGUCCAUCUGGCCCUACACUCUGUCCUCGAAGACACAGAUAUCAAGAAAGUGUUAAGCACUACAAAAAGAAUUCUCAAGAUUUUGUCCCCUGCUCACCAGUACACAAACGGAGAGUUAGUGGCUGACUCGAUCAAUGUCUUCAUCCCUAUGCUCGUCCAGGCUAUUCAAUAUAUCCCGAUCCCUCGCUUGGAGGUUUCAGUGCCGGCCAUUGACCUCCUUUUAGAAAAUCUAAUUUUGGAGCCAGGCCGCACUGUCAACAACAGCUCAUUCCUCCCCUUUAAGCUUAACAUAUCGACUCAAAAUGAUGUCGAGAUCCGGAAAGCCCGUUUCCGAACGACUUCGUCGGUCACAACCCUGAUGAGGAUUACAAUGUCGGGCCUGUCGAUUGCGGCUGAGGACCUCGGCUUCUGGCUGCGCCUCCAUUCAGGUAUAUUGAGGCUAGCCGAUGCAGGCAUCGCCGGUUUUCAUCUGGACGAACGUGGAAUUGAUGUUGCAAUUGACGUGGAGGUUGGCAAGGAACGACUUGAGAAUAUAUUGACGCUUCAUAAUGUCCGUGUUCGCAUCCACCACCUCAACUACACGCUCCGCAAGAGCAAAUUUGCCUGCCUAGCUUGGGUGCUGAAGCCGUUUAUACGACCAAUUGUGAAGGCUGCAUUGGAGGCCCAAAUUGCGGCUAGUAUCAGCGAGUUACUUCAUUUCGCUAACAGAGAACUUCUCUUUGCUCGUGAACGGCUCCGAGCGACUCGUAUCGCUGACCCGCAAGACCUUUGGACAUUCCUCAAGGCUGUGGCAGCGAGAUUGGUGCCACAGCAGGAUCCAGAUCUCUACACCCGGGUGGGUGUCUCACAACCCGGACGGGGCAUCUUCAAGGGGGUUUACGCCCCCGGCAGUUUGGUCAAAAUGUGGAACGAGGAGGCAGCCCUUGCAGGCGACCGAGUGCACGAGUAUCAGAGAGACGGGUGGCGCAACGCAAUAUUCGAUAUUAGCACUACAACGGUCUGA